AUGACACUAGUUGCAGCAAGACCAGAUACCCUCCAAUCGGAAGCUGGUUCUGACGGGAACAGUGAGCACGCAUCCUCGGGAGACGAAGACUCGCAGAUGCGGCUCAGGCUCAAGAGAAAGCUGCAGAGGAACCGCACCUCCUUCACCAAUGACCAGAUAGAUAGCCUUGAAAAAGAGUUCGAGCGCACGCACUACCCCGACGUGUUCGCGCGGGAACGACUGGCCGAAAAGAUUGGAUUGCCUGAGGCACGUAUCCAGGUGUGGUUCUCGAAUCGGCGCGCGAAAUGGCGACGCGAGGAAAAGCUCCGCAGCCAGCGGCGAGAUGCGCCCGCGUCGCCGCCCGCGCCGCCCGCGCGGCUCCCGCUUAAUGGUGGCUUCAACUCUAUGUAUAGUCCGAUACCGCAGCCAAUUGCUACCAUGAGCGAUACUUAUAGUUCGAUGUCGGGCGGUCUCUCGUCAUCGUGCCUGCAGCAGCGGGACAGCGGCUACCCGUACAUGUUUGGCGAUGUGCUGGGCAGCGGGGGCUACUCCAGAGCACCGGCAGCGCACCAGCAGCAUGCGGCGUACUCACAACCACAGGCCGCUGCUAGCACGGGUGUGAUAUCGGCGGGCGUCAGCGUGCCUGUGCAAAUUCCAUCGCAAGGGCCGGACCUCGCGUCGAAUUACUGGGGACGGCUUCAGUGAUCUCAGCUAUUCGGGUUCCCGCAUCGACUGCUCUCGAUGCCCGAGAACCCGAGCAACGUGCCCGAGUCGCCAUCUAGCGGCGACAUUGCGCACAACUACGCCGACUCCCAUCUGUCCAUGAACGCUCUCAACAUGACGGCCGGACACGAUUCCGUGUUGGCGGGAGACAUUCAAGAGAACAAUAACUCGGUGUCGUAAAUAUUUCGUAUCGCAAUAUUUGGGAUUGAUUUUAUCAGUGUUUAUAUGGUGCAAGAUGAUAUGUAUAUUCGUUUAUAUAUAAGAAACUGAUGAUGUUCAAACUUAGCAUGUAAGUUAUAGCGAUCAUGCACGAUGAAUUAUGUUAAUUCUUCGACACACAGUAGACACAUCUUAAUUUAUUUAUUCUUGCGCUGGUAUGUUGAGGAUUUCGAACGUUUUUCAUUGUGAAUGAUCGAUAAAGGUAAGGACAAAAGAAUGCGAAUUGUAAAUAUAGCUAAACGCCAUCUAUUGUUGAGUAGAAGAAGUUUCCUUAGCGACGGUACUGUGUUCACGAUUCAAAUGAAGAAAAUGUAAAUGAUUUGGGCCAACAUUUGUAAUAAUCGAGUGUUAUGCCCCCUUUGCGAGCACAACCCUUCUAUUUCUUUGAUGUAUGCAGUAGGGGUGCGAAAUAUUAAUGCUAUAGAGAAAAACGUGGCAAUAAGCUUCGUUACAGCGAUUUGUUUCACAACCCUCGGAGACAACAAAUUGACAUGAACUAAGCAUGUUUGUAUUAUUGUAUAAUAGUUACAUUAAUAGAUGUUGUAAUGUGUUGAGUCACAAUUAAAAUAGCACAUUUCGAAACGAAUUAAUUUAUGUUAUUUAUUAUUAUUAAGAAGAUCAACAUUGCUGUGAUUAUAAAUAUGUAGGUACCUAUCAAAUAAGUUUUAUUUACUGACUUUCGGCUAGUUUGGGAACACGUUAAAUUCAAAGGAAAAGUCUACAAAAAUAUAAGAAUCUCGUUGUAAUAGUAAUGUUGGUACAGCACAAGUCAUUAUCUACAUAUUAUAAGAAAAUGUAAAUGGUUAAUAUAUUUUCAUUAAACUACGCAAUACGGAUGUGUUAUAGAUACGUUUAACUGUACUUACUUGAAUAUGUGUAAAAUAAAUUAUUACUCGAU